AUGAGCCAGUUCGGCGUCAAGGGCGAUGACCUUCAGAAUGUGUGCUAUUUGCGUGAGGAGCGCGAUGCCGCAGGCCUUGUCGCUGCCCUCGAGGGUCUCGGCGGCGCCGGCAAGGCGAUCGUGGUUGGAGGUGGCUACAUCGGCCUUGAAUGUGCAGCUGCGCUGGUGGGGUGGGGUGUGGACACCACUGUCGUGUUUCCUGAGGCUCACGUGAUCUCACGGCUCUUCAAUCCGGAGCUUGGCCAGUGGCUGGAGGAGCAGUAUGCUGCUCGCGGAGUGAAGUUCGUGAAAGGUGACCAGGUAGCCGAGUUUGUUGGCGACAAAGGCACAGUGUCCGGGGUCACCCUGAAGUCCGGAGCUACGCUGGAAUGCAAUCUGGCCGUCGUCGGAAUCGGCGCAGCCCCCAACGUGGAGUUCUGCGAAGGGUUGAAGCUUGAGCAACGGGGAAUCGUCGUCGACGCAAACAUGCAGACGUCGACGCCUGGCGUUUUUGCAGUUGGUGACAUUGCCACCUUCCCUUCCAAGUACGGCGGCUUCAUGCGUUGCGAGAAUGUCGACCAUGCAAGGAAGUCGGCGUCACAGGCUGUAAAAGCGGCCAUGGGUGUGGAAUCAGCUCCCUAUGCGUAUCUCCCGUACUUCUACACGCGCGUCUUCGAAUACACGGACGGGCCCAUCGUCUUCAACUUCUUCGGUGACCAGUCACCCCACGCAUCCGUUUGGGGGGUGGGAGGGCUAUGGGAGUUCGGGAUGAGAUCCGGAGCUGCGAGGGCGAUAAGGACUCUACUCAGGGAUCGGUCUGGAGGGAGAGCAAGAUUUCAUACUUGA